UGAUUCAAAGCACCUCCUCAAUUCUUUUUUAAUCUUAAUUAUUUUCCCAAAUCCUCCCUCCCUCUUAUUCUAACCAUGCAUGCUUCGUUUAAUCACUUCACCUUCACCACCACCACCUCAAACCCUAAGACUCGAACUCAAUUUCGAAAACCCACAAAACAAAACGACAAUAACACACCUUUCAUCACUUGUAGAACCCUCGUUAACCCUUCUGAAAAAAUAAUUCAUCGCACAAGGUUGCCGCUCUCACCACCAACUCCAUUAACGCCACCAUUACCAGAAGUGGCGCCACCAUCGUCAGAACCUGAAUUUAUAUUCACCCCACGACAAAAAACUAACUUUCCAAUUGGUUUAAAUCCUUUACAAAUGCUUGCAGCCUCAGCUCUGGACACAAUAGAGUCGUCAAUAAUUUUAAUGUUGGAGAGAAACCAAGUUUUACCUAAAUCGGUUGACCCGGUGGUUCAAAUAUCGGGUAAUUUCGCGCCGGUUCAGGAGUUUCCCGUUCGUCACGGUCUGGAGGUUGUGGGCCAGAUUCCGGAAUGCCUACGUGGCGUUUAUUUACGCAACGGCGCUAAUCCUGUGUAUGAACCCAAAGGUGGACACCACUUGUUUGAUGGCGAUGGUAUGAUUCAUGCUGUAACCUUGGGAUCUGGGAACCAAGCCAGUUAUAGCUGCAGGUAUACACGUACGAGCCGGCUGGAGCAAGAAGCUGCAUUGGGUAGGCCGCUUUUUCCCAAGCCGAUAGGUGAGUUGCAUGGACCCUUGGGCUUGGCUCGGCUCAUGUUGUUCAUGGCUCGAGCUGGUGUUGGCUUGGUUGACGGAUCACGUGGCAGUGGCGUGGCAAAUGCUGGGUUAAUUUAUUUUAACGGACGAUUAUUGGCCAUGUCGGAAGAAGAUCUUCCUUAUCAGGUAAAGAUCAUUGAUGAUGGUGAUCUUGAAACGGUUGGACGGUUCAGUUUUCACAAUCAACUCGAUGGUCCCAUGAUUGCACACCCUAAAGUGGACCCUAUCACCGGCGAUUUGCAUGCACUGAGUUGCAACGUAAUAAAAAAACCGUACUUGAAAUACAUCAAGUUCGACAAGCACGGUAAAAAGUCACGUGACCUCAGCAUUACCUUGGACCAGCCAACCAUGAUCCACGACUUCGCAGUUUCACGUAAUUUUGUAAUAAUCCCGGAUCAUCAAGUUGUAUUCAAGUUAACCGAGAUGAUUCGGGGUGGGUCACCCGUAAUAUACGACAAAGAAAAGACUUCAAGAUUUGGGAUUUUGUCCAAAAAUGACAUGAGCGAAUCAAGAAUCCAAUGGGUUGAUGUGCCAAAUUGCUUUUGCUUCCAUUUAUAUAACGCAUGGGAAGAAAUUUCCGACAACGGUGAUGACAUUAUCGUUGUUAUCGGGUCAUGCAUGAACCCGCCAGAUUCCAUGUUCAGUGAAUCGGAAAUUCCAGUUCAAAUUGAAUUAACCGAAAUCCGGUUUAACUUGAGGGCCGGAGAGUCGACUAUGAAGACUCUAGUAUCAGGUAUGAAUUUGGAAGUGGGUGUAGUAAACCGGAAACUUUUGGGUGAGAAAACCCAGUUCGUUUACUUGGCAAUAGCAGAACCAUGGCCGAAGUGUUGCGGUAUUGCUAGGGUUGAUUUGGAAACCGGAGAAGUGACAAAGUUUGAAUACGGUAAAGGAAAAUUCGGUGGCGAGCCAUUUUUUGUGGCAGAAGGAGGUGAAGUCAAUGAAGGUGAAGGAUAUAUAAUAGGGUAUGUGAGAGAUGAGAUAAAAGAGAAGUCUGAGUUGGUAAUAGUAAAUGCAUUGGACAUGGAGCAAGUAGCUUCGGUAAGGUUGCCCAGUAGAGUGCCUUAUGGGUUUCAUGGUACUUUCGUAACUGAAGAUGAGUUAAAGGUACAAGAACCAUAUUAAUUAAUUAAUUAAAACUAAUGAGCUUGGAUUAAUUUUUAAUUGUAUUUUUGUAUAUAAGCAAAGCAUGACUUUAUAAAUAAUCAAAUUAACUAAAAGAAAAAUCUUCAUGUAUGAUGUAUGUACAGAAUAUGUAUAGAUGUAUGUAUACUUGUUUUUAUUAUAUUUUGAUGUAAUUUUUAUAAUUUAUGGAUAUGCUUUUAUGGAGUUCAUU